AGUUUUUUGUUUUUUUUGUUUUUUUUUAAUUUUCCCAUUUUAAAAAAUGCGCUUUGGAUCUUCCACUUCCACCGGAUAAGUCUGACACCUGAAACGGAAUUCACCGGGCGCACGUCUGUCAAGCACCCCACCACAUCAGUUCUACAACAAUGCCCCCAAAGAAGAGUCAACUUGGUCGACGAACGAGAAGAGCUACCAGUGUUCGAGAGAACAGAGCUAGGCUCAGUCCUGAAGAGAGGCAAGCUUUGCGAUUGCGUGAAACUCAGCGAAUGUCCCAAACAAGAUCUGCCGAAAACUCAGCUCAACGGGCCUGCCGCCAGACCUGGAACGCAUCCUGGGCAAAAGAGUCUGCCGACAAGCCAGCCCGUCGGAGAGCGUUGUUAAACGUCAUGUCGACCAUCCAACCCACCAGAGGUGAAUUGCGCGGCGGUGUGGCCUUCCACCUCCAGUGUCCCCUCUGCGGUAACUUUGCCAAAAGCCAUGCCCAUCAGCUGACACAUAUUGCCGCAGCCCAUCCCACUUUCUUGGACGGCGUGGCCGUUGGUCGCCUCGGCAACAUUGUUAUGUACCAGAGUGGCGCUCAGCUCUUCCACUGCGCCGAGUGCUUUUUUACUAGUGGCGAUUUCAACAAACUCUACCAGCACAUUAUCGCCAAGCACUGCGUGGACGAGACGGUGGCGACGCCGGGAGGAGUCGACGGGGAAGACAACGGAAGCGAGAAGGGGGACAAGGAAGAGGACGAGGAGGCAAAGGAAGGAGAAGCAGACGUAAAGGAAGCAGAUGAGGAAGUAAAGGAAGUAGAUGAGGGAGUAAAGGAAGGAGAUGAAGUAAAAGCAGAUGAAGAAGCAAAGGAAGGAGAUGAGGAAGGAAAAUCAGAUGAGGACAUCAAGGAAGCCGUUGAACCGGUGAAAGACGCAAAUGAUGAGGAUGAGAUGACUCCUGAGGAAAAGAGAAGCAGUGAGGGGAUGACCAAUGAAGACUGCCCCUCUGAGAAGAAUAUCUGCAACACCAACGAAAGUGUGUUCCUCUUCGAUGGCGAGACGUACCGCUGUUUGAUUUGUGGCUGGUGGAAAAGCAGACUGAAAGGUUUAUCUGUCAACCACGCUGCACGUAAACACAGCAUCCCCAGGGAGUUUGCCAUCCAAAGGAUCAAACAAGAAGACCCCGCGUCGAAUUCCGCCUCGACACCUAAACGCCAUCCAAGCGGUGGUGCAGAUGAAGAAGAUGAAGACGGUCUAUGCGGUGAUCUUCUUAAAGAAGAAAUGGAGGUGACGGCCAAAGUGGUCCGUUACACCUCCAACCGCUACGUCUGCCUGAUGUGCGGCUGGAAGACCAAAAUGAAAGGUUUUGCCAUCAGUCACGUAGUGCGUAGCCACGAUGUGGAGCGUUCGUACCGCUGCAAAGAUUGCAGCGCCACUUUCUUCCUGCCCAGUCGACUCCAGCAGCACAUGCGAACAGCGCACCGGCCGGGACGCUUCACCUGCCCCUUCUGCUGCUUCAGGUCGCAAAUCCUGGCCGGCCUUCGGAGGCACUGCAGCCGAUGCAUCGCCCGUGAGGAAGGGGAAGGUUUGGUGUUGAGCGAGCAGGGGGCAGGGGCGGUGGUGAUCAAGGAGGAGACCAAGGAGACAAGAGCUGGGAGGAAAAGAGCGCGGAGGCUGAUUGAAGAAGGAGAUGAUGAAGAUGAGCUCCCGUUUUUCUAAGUUGGGCCAAGUAAAGGACCAUGCAGCAUUUAGUCCUAUCAUACAGUAUUUGUUACAGUAUCUGGGUCAUUCCAAAUUGAAGACUAUGUUAUGUCCCACAGUUCAAAUUUUAAAUAAUCCACAUCAAGGGUGUAGGUUUGCAUAGACAUACGACUAGCAACUUUUCACAAUGCUCAAAUUGUCCCCACCAACUUUUAAGCAACCUUAAUUGCAUUAAAUAAUGAGUUCAGUCUAUUGUCUUCCCAUAUGUUGUAAGGAUAGAAUUGAUUCUACCAUUUUUAAGUAAUUACUGUAUUUUUAUUUACCCCUUUUCACUCGCUGAAUGUGCUGGUCCAUAUUUUUUGGGCUGCUGGCUAGAACCCGCCAGAGCCAUAUAAAGAGAGUCACAACACUCUUUGAUGUCGCCGCAGGUCAUCACGUGGUUCCUGUAGGGUGUGGGUAGUUCCAAGCACAAGCAGUGCUGUAGUGGUUUUCAAUGGAACUGACAGCGGUAAUUGCGACAUUUAUGGGAAAAUGGAUAAAAUUGCGUAUCUAAGUACUAGUUUGAUUAUGUCAUUGCAUUAUAACACAGAUAUAUUUAAAUGCUAGUUUUACAUUUGGAGGGGUAAGGCGACAACCUAAAACUAUGUAAACCAGACAUGUCCAAAGUCUGGCCCGGGGGCCAAAUGCGGCCCGCGGUCAAAUUUCAUCCGCCCCCAGCCUCUGUCAUAAAAUCAAUUAGGUCUGGCCCGCACAGACUUAAUAAAUUGGUCAGCAGUGAGGCUACCAGCAUACGAAGUAGCUUACACACUAAAUGCUCCUCCUCAUUUACCCGCUAAAAGGCAGCAGCACUCUAAACAACAUUACAUUAUGUGACCCUUCCAAUUUUCUAAAAUUGCGACAAUCAAACAAAAAAAAAGUUGACUACGACGGCCGACGCUUCAAGGAUAGGUAGAAAUUGGACUGUUUCUUCACUAAAAUACGCAACAACUCGGUCUGCCUAAUUUGCAAAGAGACAGUAGCUGUUUUUAAAAAGUUCAAUGUGAGGCGAUAAUACCAAACAAGACACUUUGACAUGUACGACAAGAUGAUAGGGAAGAUACGCAGCGAGAAAUUGAGGCAAACUUGAAGCUAGUUUAAUUUCACAGCAGUAUUUCGCAAGAGCCCGAGAGUCAAAAGAGAACGCCACAAAGGCUAGUUGCGAGAUUGUUGAAAUUAUUAAUAAAAAAAAUAAUAAUAAAGCAAAUGUGACACACAGAAUGGCUUGCUAAAAUUUGCUUAACUAUAUUGUUCUACGUAAAGGACGUCAGCCAAGGUCGGCCCCCCACAUUUUUACCACACCAAAUCUGGCCCCCUUUGCAAAAAGUUUGGACACCCCUGAUGUAAACUGUUAACGCAGAAGGGAACUUUCCCAUGUGGAGUGAAAGUUUCAUGUUUCUGUUAGCAUUUGCACGAGAAAUUGACUUUUACAUUGAAAUGCAAGAUGAUUGGGUUUUUGUUUUUUCACAACAAAAAUACAUUUUCCAGAGAAUAUCUAGAUUUCCUUGAUUCACCUACCUGUGCUAAAAUAUUAAAGAUAACACCAUGUAUAACAUUUUGUUGAAGUUCUAAAUGGUACAUCCUUGUUUGUUUCAUCGCAUUGACAUAUAAAAAACUUUUGUUUCUCAAAAAGUCUGAGGUCACAACUUUUAAAUUCUGUUUUCCAGUUUUCUUUACUGUUGUACUUUAAUGCUUAUAUACUAAAUAUAUGUGUGUAAAUUUUCCUUAUUUUAUAGACUUAGUUUUAUACUUAGUUUGACCUGAAACACAAAGAAAUUACGUUUAACAAAUAUUUCCCACUUAACUCAAAUUUUGAAUAUAGCCUCUAAUUUUAGCAAAACCAAACCUGCACCAGAGGCAUUUUUCAUUCAAAAGGGACCGUUUUUAUCAUCAGCCUACCUCUGAAUAUACUUGACAGCCAGCCAUUCAUAUGAAUGUGGUCCGACUUCGUCGAAGCCAUGUUUGGAACUACCCGAGGCUCAGUAACCUGGAAAACCCGGAAGUAAAAUCGUACAAUGGAUCCCUGUAGGAGUGUCGCGACUCUCAUUAUACGGCUUUGGAACCCCACACACACGCACAUUCACACAAUCCAGACAGAAAUACAUGUCAACAUGCCGCCUCCUCCGCCCCCUUUGAAGAGGAGGGAUAUAAGAAUUUUUUUUCCCGGCCAGCAUAAGCAGCCACUGUAAGUAAUGUAAAAAGACGUCAAAAUUGUGGAGGUGGGAAACAAGCCACUAACUUUGCUACUGAAAGUCUGACCCGCAUCAGAGUUGGCAUAACAUUAAACUGUGUGAACUUGCUAACCUGUAAAACUCGAGUAGAAAGCUGCGUAGAGAAGUGUCUUCCUGUAUGUUUUCUACUGUUAAUGUUAAUUCAACUGUGCAUUUUGUGCAUUUAUUCAUUAAAAUGUAUUUUCUACAUCAUUUUCAAUAUAUUUUUUAAUUUGCAGCCUAUGCACAUUUUUCACUUUUCCCAUCACUGCAAUGACCAACCAAAUUGGAUCAAGUAUAAAACAGGUAAAAUAACCUUUAACUCUUUCAGUGCCAAAUGUUUUCCGAAAAGACCGCGUGCCAGAUGAUUUUGACUCAUUUUUCAAACCAACAGAAUAUUAUGUGUUAUGACUACGGAAGAUGGCAUGAAAGAUUAGGAUUCUGAUCUUUUGUCAGAAAAAAAAAAGUACGGUUGUACCUUAUUCUUUUCUUUGGUAAAAGGGUAAAAUGAGAGAAAUCAAAUGAGUCAAGCCUGUGAAUCUUGUAAUUUUCCAUGUGUGGCGCAGGGCCAUUCUCUCUCACCUUCAGAUCUUCUGUGUUGCCAAUAAUUAAAAUCAAAGUCACACUGGCCAACUGCCACCUUCCCAAUCAUUACAAAAAAAGCAGUUGACGAGAAAACUCGUCAUUGGCACUUGUUUUAAUUGCAGCUGGGAAUGAAAGAGUUAAGUGUCAUUUUAAAAAUAUUUGUUUCACUGAUGCCGAUUUUAACUGUGGGAACAUUUGUAUCAAUAAACAUUUGUAUUAAUAAACCGAUUGCAAAUCUGAAUUAUUCAUGGUAGGUGCCCCACAACAUUCACACUUAUCAUAAUCUUUUUAUCACAGAAGAAAUGAAUCACAUGAUACAAUAGACUUGAUGGCAUCGUUUCCUAAAAGAAUUGGUCAAGCAAAUUUGUCCUUGGUCCUUUUUUUUCCCAAGCAAAUAUCCUUGAUUAAAUGCUUCAUGCAACAUCGGGACCUUGCUAUGCAUAGGAUCAGAAUAGACCAGAAAAGUUCACGUCCUCUUUGUCAGUAUCAGCUUCCACUCUUGAGAAACGGCAAACAUUAGUAAAGAUUGAACCUGACAAGUCUUUUAAACAUUAAAUGCAUCAUGUAAUAUAACUUGCCCAUUGUGCUGUAGUAUGAGCUAACCAAUUCUUUGAUGUUUCAUUUCCUAUUAUUUAUGAAGCAGAAAGUGGUUUAUUUUUUUUCAAGAAUUUUGAAGCCAAAAUGUCUUCCAUUUCUGGAAGGACUCAUCUGUUUUUUUCUACAACGGGUUGAUUGACCCUUCCAAGCAUGAACUUUUUUUUUUUUUUUUAAACCCUUACAGGGCACUCAAUUUAGUCAUUUUAAUUUCAUUAAUAUACAGUGGGGCGAAU